AUGGAAGGCAAUCGCCGCGAUAUGUACAGCGGACGCAAACCGAGAUUCAGUUGUGGUCAGAUCAUCGGCGAUCCAUUUGCCCUCGCAACUUCUUCGAUAGCCAUCAUCGCCUGGCUCAUCGCCUUCGUGGCUUCCAUCAUCGCCAAGAUCCAUGGCCAGUACCCCAACUAUUCAUGGUGGGCUCUGGUCUACAUGUUCUUCUGCAUCGUUGGAGUCUUGGUCACCGUCGCUUCUGACUCUGUCUUCACCUACCAUGUCGCUAUUGUCGGUUUCCUGGCUGCUGGCCUUGUCUUUACAACAUCCUCGGUAAACUCCUUGGUCUACUCGUCUGACGGAGCACACGAAGCAGCCGCCGCCGGCUUCAUCCUUCUCUCCAUGGUCGCUAUCGUCUGGAUUUUCUACUAUGGAUCCCAGCCCACUGCGGCCAGUCGCAACGUGAUCGAUUCCUUUGCCCUCCACAGAGACAGUCGCGUGCCAUCGCGCAUCUCUCGCCAGCCUCAACACAACAGCUACCGUCCCGAGACCUCGAUCUCCCAGCAACCACAAAUGUAUACAUCGGCCCAGCUCAGCGGCUUCGAAACAUCAUCACCCGUCACUGGCUUCCCAGGAGGUGCUUUGGGAGCAAUGGACAGCAACCGCGACAGUGGUGCUCGCUAUGGACAGACAAACAGCUUGGCCCCUCAUACAGUAGCAACAGAUCGACCAAACUCCACUGCCGCAGCUCCAGCAGAAUACCCGUACCGUGCGAAGGCCAUUUACAGCUAUGAGGCCAACCCCGACGAUGCCAACGAAAUCAGCUUCUCGAAACACGAAGUCUUGGAGAUCAGCGAUGUUAGCGGAAGAUGGUGGCAGGCCAAGAAAGAGAACGGCGACACUGGCAUUGCACCAAGCAACUACCUCAUUUUGUUGUAG